UAUAGUGCUAAAACCUACGAAGUGCUGCUAAAGAUCAGCAAUUCUCUUGAGGAGAUCAAGUGUCAGAUGCAGGGAAAGCAGAUGGCGAAGCCAGUGAGUACCCCUAGUGUCGUGGAGCAGCCGAAGCCUGCUGAGAAGGCUCCUGAACCGGCGAAACCCGCUCCUGCCCAACCUGCAAACAACCUCGAUUGGUACGACAAGUUUGUUGAGCAGUUUGUCGUUCCAGUUGUGAAAGCUAGUAACACAUUAGGUGACAAGUUUGUGCCGAUUGGAGAAAUUUUCGAUACCCUCUUCUCCAAACUCUUGAAGGAGAUCUUGCAGAAAGCGGCUGUGUGCAAGAAGCCGAACGAAACCGAGAUGGCAACUCUUUUCGCGCCUGUCAAAGAUUGCAACACGAAGCUGGAUGCCUUGAACCGCGAUCGUGACUUCCCUGUCAAUUACGUGAAGGCGAUGCGUGAGAUCGUUGGCUCUAUUUUCUGGGUGAAUGUGAACGAUAAGCCCGAGAAUAUGGUUCAGGAAUGUUUGAAUUCGGCCACUUUCUGGAUUGAUCGAAUUCGAAAAGACGCCAAGAACAAAAUGGACAACAAGCCAAUGGAGUGGAGCAAGCUCGUCAUCGCCCUCAUGAAGGAAUUAAUCGCGAUUAUUUCCGAUCGAUUCGAAAUUGGCGUCGAAUGGAACGCUUCUGGCUGCGAAUUCUCCGCCUACAAGCCCGAUCCCACUCCCAUCUCCGCGCCUUCCACCGCUCCUCCUCCCGCGGUUCCUGCGGCUCCUGCUGCUCCCGCGGUUCCUGCGCCUCCCGCCAAUUUUGCCGCGGAACUUCAGAGUUUGGUGGGAGCGAACGGGGUUCGGAACCUGCGGCACGUGGAGAAGAGCGAGAUGAGCCACAAAAACCCGGCGCUGCGCGGGAAUGUGAAGAUGGAGGAGAAGAAAACGACAGUGGUGAUGACGAAACCGCCGCGCUGCGAGCUGGUGCAGAACAAGUGGAUGGUGGAGAACCAGACGGAGAAGGUGGAAUUGGAGGUGAAGAUGAAUCACGUGGUGUACAUUGUGAACUGCGUGGGAUGCAACGUGAUCAUCAAGGGAAAGGGCAAGUCGGUGGUGAUCGACGGCUGCAAGAAGACCACUGUGGUCUUCGAUAGUUGCUUGUCCACGCUGGAGGUCGUUAACUGCAAGCAGUGCAAGGCGCAAUGUCUCGUCAACUUGCAUGUGGCUGCGAUCGAUAAAACCGACGGAUUCACGCUGUAUGUGCCGCGCAGCUGCGUUGAUUCCCUUCGAAUCACGACCAGCAAGAGCAGCGACAUGAAUGUCUCCUUCCCUUCGGAGGCCGACGAGCAGGACUGGAUCGAGCUACCGAUUCCUGAGCAGUACGUUCACACGAUCCAGAAGGACAAGUUGAAGACGGAAGUGUCUGAUUUGUAUUCGUGCGAUGUUUGUUGUAAAAGGAAUGGAAAGAGGAGAAAGACAAGCCCGUCUAGCUCAGUCGGUAGAGCGCCAGGCUCUUAA